UGAUUUGUUUAUUGAAAUUAUUAUUUGUGGUUGUAUUGAAACCCAGCGUUACUAACCACCAUGAAACCCGCCAUCCCCAAACCAGUUUUCCUCACUAAAGCCCAGCGUGAACAAGCAGCACUGGAACGCCGCCACAAUCAAGUCGCCGCCAGUCACAAAAAAGAACUUCUCCUCCGCCCCUCUGAUUCCGACCGCCGCAGUUACAGAGAACGUGAUAGGGAAAGGGAAAGAGAUAACAGAGAUCGGGAACGAAGAAACCGCGAUAGAGAGCGUGAAGAAGAGGAUAAAGCUCGUGAACAUGCUCGAUCGGAGAAGCUAGCGGAACGAAAACGUGAGCAGGAUCUUGAAUCGAUUAAGGAACAAUACCUAGGUUCAAAAAAACCUAAAAAAAGGGUUAUUAAACCUAGUGAGAAAUUUCGAUUUUCAUUUGAUUGGGAAAAUACUGAAGAUACUUCACGUGAUAGGAAUGAUCUUUAUGAAAACCCUCAUACGGCUCAGCUUCUUUUUGGCCGAGGGUUUAUCGCUGGAAUGGAUCGUCGUGAACAGAAGAAGCUUGCGGCAAAGCAGGAGAAAGAGAUGAGGGAUCAGAUUAGGAAGAAGGAUGGUGUGGAGGAGAAGCCUGAGGAGGCUGAUGCUCAAAGGCGGAAAGAGGAGGCUGCUGAUGCUUAUGAUGCUUUUGAUAUGAGGGUUGAUCGUCAUUGGAGUGAGAAGAAUCUUGAGGAAAUGCAGGAGAGGGAUUGGCGUAUUUUUAGGGAAGAUUAUAAUAUUUCGUAUAAGGGUUCAAAGAUUCCGAGGCCUAUUAGGAGUUGGGUUGAGAGUAAGUUGAGUCAAGAGAUUUUGAAGGCUGUGGAGAAGGCUGGUUAUAAAACCCCUUCACCGAUUCAGAUGGCUUCUAUUCCGCUUGGACUUCAGCAACGCGAUGUUAUCGGUGUUGCUGAGACGGGUUCUGGGAAGACUGCUGCGUUUGUGCUGCCUAUGUUGAGUUAUAUCACUAGGCUGCCGCCUAUUAGUGAGGAGAAUGAAGCUGAGGGUCCUUAUGCUGUUGUUAUGGCUCCGACUCGUGAGCUUGCUCAGCAGAUUGAGGAUGAGACCGUUAAAUUUGCUCAGUAUAUGGGGAUUAAAGUUGUUUCCAUUGUCGGUGGUCAGUCUAUUGAGGAGCAAGGGUUUAAGAUAAGACAGGGUUGUGAAAUUGUGAUUGCGACUCCUGGUCGUUUGAUUGAUUGCUUGGAGCGUCGCUAUGCGGUUCUUAAUCAGUGUAAUUAUGUUGUUCUUGAUGAAGCGGAUCGAAUGAUUGAUAUGGGGUUUGAGCCGCAGGUCAUGGGUGUGCUGGAUGCUAUGCCUUCGAGUAAUCUCAAACCAGAGAAUGAAGAUGAGGAGCUUGAUGAGAAGAGGAUUUAUAGGACUACUUAUAUGUUUAGUGCAACCAUGCCUCCUGGUGUGGAGAGGCUUGCUAGAAAGUAUUUGAGGAACCCUGUUGUGGUGACUAUAGGUACUGCUGGAAAAGCAACUGACUUAAUCAGUCAGCAUGUGAUCAUGAUGAAGGAAUCUGAGAAAAACUAUAACCUUCACAGAUUGUUGGAUCAGCUUAAUGACAAGACUGCGAUUGUGUUUGUCAACACCAAGAAGAGCGCUGAUUUUCUUGCUAAGAAUUUGGAAGGGUAUCGCGUGACCACUUUGCACGGAGGGAAAUCACAGGAUCAGAGGGAAAUUAGUCUUGAAGGAUUUAGGACCAAGAGAUAUAAUGUGCUUGUUGCAACCGAUGUUGCUGGACGUGGUAUUGACAUUCCUGAUGUGGCUCAUGUUAUCAACUAUGAUAUGCCUGGGAAUAUUGAAAUGUACACCCAUCGUAUUGGGCGUACCGGCCGUGCAGGAAAGACGGGUGUGGCUACAACAUUCCUGACUCUUCAGGACACUGAUGUCUUUUAUGAACUUAAGCAGAUGCUCAUUCAGAGUAACAGUCCUGUUCCACAUGAAUUGGCAAGGCAUGAAGCUUCCAAAUUCAAGCCAGGAUCUAUUCCCGACAGACCACCUAGGCGAAACGACACUGUUUUUACCCAUUAGAGAACUUUCUUGAGGUUUAAAGGCAUAUAUGCAUAUUGCAGUGUUAUCAAUUGAGGAUGGAGGACCAUGACAGAGAGACAGUAAUCCACCAUUCUGAGUCGCCAGUCGCCAUUUCAUGUGAUCUUAUCAUGUGAGUUAUUUCUUGCAGGCUGAAGUAGUUUUUAGCUCUUAUUUCUGUGGUGCUCAGGUAAAAUCUUCGGUUUCUGAAGAUUUCUCUGCACAACACUGUCUACUGCAGACACUGCUAAUAGAAAUAAGUUUGGAGUUUUGCGCAGGAUAUGAAACCACGAAGAGGCAACACUACUCAACGGUUUUGAUGGCCAUAAACAUGGUGUAAGGAGUCUGAAUGCAGUUGUUGAUUGGCUGCGCAAUGCGGUUAUCUAGUAUAUGGUUCUUUGAAUAUGAUUUGGAAUAGGGGAAUGUCUCCCUCUUCCCUACCAAUGUUCUAAAAUAGAACCUGAUUCUUCCCUCACACUUAGAUGUUAAUGAUGUUCUAAAAUAGUACCUUGAAAAGGGAAUUAUUUUGUUAAUUUCUUUCUUCAUAAAUAUGUACCAAGAUUGUUCCACUCAAUAUCUAUGAAGAGAAAAAACACAAAAUUUCACAACCAUGUUGUAUAGUUUGCAGAAGCACAAAUUCCUUAUACAAGUGUUUAAAUCA